AUGUCAUUUAGAUCUUUAACACUUAAGCCAGGCAGAUUACUAGCCACCAUUCAUGAAACAGCUCAAUUAUUCGGUCCGAAAGGAGUUUGGGGACCAGAAUCAACUCAAACUGGGGUUUGUCGCUUAUCAUUAAGUGAUUUAGAUAAGGGGGUAAGAGAUUGGUUUAUUAAAGAAACUGAAAAUUUAGGAUGUGAGGUGAAAGUUGAUGAAAUUGGGAAUAUAUUUGCCAUAUAUCCCGGUAAGAACCCUGAUGCUAAACCUACUGCUAUUGGAUCACAUUUGGAUACUCAACCUACUGGUGGAAGAUAUGAUGGUGUAUUGGGAGUAUUAUCAGGAUUAGAAGUAUUAAGAACGAUUAAGGAAAAUGGAUUCGUACCUAAUUAUCCUAUUGCUCUAAUUAAUUGGACCAAUGAAGAAGGAGCAAGAUUUCCUAUGUCAAUUAUGGCUUCCAGUGUAUGGGCCGAAAACAUUCCUUUACAACAAGCAUAUAAACUAGAAUCAGUAACUGAUACUGAUCCCGUAAGUGUUGAACAUGAAUUGAAAAGAAUAGGAUAUUUAGGACCCGUGAAAGCACUGUAUAAGACCAAUCCUAUUGCAGCCCAUUUUGAAAUUCAUAUUGAACAAGGUCCAGUAUUGGAAGAUGAAGAAAGAAAGAUUGGAAUUGUCACUGGAGUUCAAGCAUAUUCUUGGUAUAAAGUAAGAGUAUUUGGUAAAGCAUCACAUACUGGGACUACUCCAUUAUUAGCUAGAUCAGAUGCACUUUUAGCAGCUUCGAAAUUGAUUGUUAAAGGAAAUGAAUUAGCAAAGAAACAUAAUUGUUUAUUCACAGUUGGAGUUCUUAAUCUUAACCCUGCUGUUGUUAAUGUAAUUCCUGAAUUUGUUGAAUUUAUAAUUGAUGUGAGAAAUCCUACCGAUGAAGGGUUAACUAAGAUCUUAGCGGAUAUCAAGGAAACCUUUCCAAUAAUUGCCAAGGAAUCUGGUAAGAAACUUGCAGUUGAAUUUGAAUUAAUUUAUACAUCUGAUGCAGUUAAAUUUCAUCCUGAUUGCAUUUCAAGCGUUAGAGAUUCAGCUAUUAGUAUAGUUGGGGAAUCAAAAGUUCGAGAAAUGCAAAGUGGAGCAGGUCAUGAUUCAUGUGCUACGAAUAGUCGAGUUCCAACAUCUAUGAUUUUUAUUCCUUCCAAAGACGGUGUAAGUCAUAGUCCAGAAGAAUAUAGUAGUCCAGAAGAUGUUCAUAUUGGGUUUGAAGUAUUAUUAAACGCAGUAUUACAAUAUGAUUCUUUUAGAAAAGUAUAA